UUUGUAGAGUAUUAGCGCGUCAACAAAAAAAUCCAAUAAAAACCAAGAUUUCCAGUGAAAUGGCUGCACUAAUCAGGAGGAUUAUCAGCACAGCUAAAGCUCCUGCUGCUAUCGGUCCGUACAGCCAAGCAGUGGUGGUGGAUCGAACCAUGUAUAGUUCAGGACAGCUGGGAAUGGACCCUGCCAGUGGACAGCUGGUGGAAGGUGGUGUUCAGGCUCAAACCAGACAGGCUCUGGUGAAUAUGGGUGAAAUACUCAAGGCUGCUGGGUGUGGUUACACCAAUGUUGUCAAAACCACAGUGCUCUUAGCCGAUAUGAACGACUUCACCAGUGUCAAUGACGUGUACAAACAAUUCUUUAGCACCAACUUCCCAGCCAGGGCUGCCUAUCAGGUCGCUGCUCUCCCUCGAGGUGGACUGGUUGAAAUUGAAGCAAUUGCUGUUUUGGGCCCUCUGACCAGCACUUCCUAACAAGUACAUUAAACAAGCAAAAACUAGAAAGAGCUAAAACCACUGAAAAGUGUGAAACUGAUGUAAUUAUAGGUGUAGUAUCAUCAGCAAUUUAGUGCUGUUUUAACAUGUCACAGGUCACCUAGCAGACAGGUGUGGAGCACUUUCUCCUCCCUCACUGACAAUGAUGAGAUGUAUUUGAAGACAGCACUGCAUUUUAAAUCCACUCUGCUCACAUUUCACUUACAAUAGCUGAGAAGUACCUAAGCUUGAUGUUGGAUUGGAUUACAGUACCGUCCUGUGUUGUCAUCAUGACAGUGUAUCCUCUCUCUUUGUACCAGGUGAUAGAUGAUCGAGCAUAACUGAAUAAUAAAAGGUUUUAAUUUUC